AAGGGACUUGGGAGUCCUUGUGCAGGAUACCCUAAAGGUUAACCUCCAGAUUGAGUCCGUGGUGAAGAAGGCGAAAUGCAGAGAUGCAAAGGGACUUGGGAGUCCUUGUGCAGGAUACCCUAAAGGUUAACCUCCAGAUUGAGUCCGUGGUGAAGAAGGCGAAUGCAAUGUUGGCAUUCAUUUCUAGAGGUAUAGAAUAUAAGAGCAAGGAUGAUGUUGAGGCUGUAUAAGGGAGUCGUGAGACCACACUUGGAGUAUUGUGUGCCGUUUUGGGCUCCUUAUUUUAGUAAGGAUAUAAUGACAUUGGAGAGGGUUCAGAGAAAAUUCAUGAGAAUGAUUCCAGGAAUGAAAGGGUUACCGUAUGAGGAACAUCUGGCAGCUCUUGGGCUGUAUUCCCUGGAGUUCAGGAGAAUGAGGGGGGAUCGCAUAGAAAUAUACUGAAUGUUAAAAGGCCUGAACAGAUCAGAUAUGGCAAAAUUAUUUCCCAUGGUAGGGGAUUCUAGGACAAGAGGGCACGACUUCAGGAUUGAAGGGCAUCCAUUUAGAAAAGCGAUACAGAGAAAUUACUUUAGUCAGAGGGUGGUAAAUAUGUGGAAUUUGUUGCCACGAGUGGCUGUGGAGGCCAAGUCAUCGGGUGAAUUUAAGACAGCGAUAGAUAGGUUCUUGAAUAGCCAGGUCAUCAAAGGGUAAGGGGAGAAGGCAGGGAAACUGGGAUGACUGGAAGAAUUGGAUCAGCCGUGAUUGAAUGGUGGAGCAGACUCGAUGGGCCAAAUGGCUUACUUCUGCUCCUAUAUCUUAUGGAAGCACUUCAGCAAAAAUGGCUCUGCAUGCAGCAUUCAGUGGGCUAGCAAUGCAGUGCUGAAGUGAACUAAUCUGAAUACUACAGGACUCCUGGUUUGUGGUUUCAUACUUAAUGUACACAUGCUUUUUGCUAUUUGUGUAAUUUGUUCUUUUUCAGCACAGUGGAUAUUUGAUGUUUUCUUGAAUGGUUCCAUGGUGUUUCUUUGUUUCAUGGCUGCCUGCGUAAGUUGAAUCUCAGGGCUGUAUUCUGUAUACAUACUUUGAUAAUAAAUGUUCUUUGAACCUUUGAAUCUGCAGAAAUCACCUGACUGUGUGGCUAGGCAUAUCUCAAAUGCUAUCUAUAAGUUGCUGUUGAUACAACCAUUGUUGGUAGAAUCUCAGAUGGUGACGAGAGGGCGUACAGGAGCAAGAUGUAUCAGCUAGGUGAAUGGUGUCACGAUAAUAACCUUGUACUCAAUGUCAGUCGGACCGAAGAGCUGUUUCUGGACUUCAGAAAGGGUAAGACGAGGGAACACAUACCAAUCCUCAUUGAGGGUUCUGAAGUGGAGUGAGUGAGUAAUGUCAAGUUCCUGGAUGUUAAUAUCUCUGAGGAUCUAACCUGGUCCCAACAUAUUGAUGCAGCUAUAAAGAAGGCAAGAUAGUGACUAUACUUUUAGAUUUAGUUAGUCACCUAAAACACUCAAAUUUCUACAGAUGUACCGUUGAUAGCAUUCUGACAGGCAUCAUCACUAUCUGGUAUGGGAGGGGGGUACUGCACAGAAUCAUAGCGAUCUGCAGAGCAUUGUAAAAUUAGUCAGCUCCAUCAUGGGUAUUGGCCUCCAUAGUUAUCAAGACAUCUUCAAGGUGCAGUGUCUCAGAAAAGCGUCUUCCAUCAUCAAGGACCCCCCAAGUCGUGCCCUUUUCUCACUGUUACCGUCAGGUCGGUGAUACAGAAGCCUGAAGGUACAUGCUCAGCGAUUCAGGAACAGCUUCUUCCCGACUUUGAAUCUCUGUACACUACCUCGCUACUUUUAAUAAAUGUUUUUGAACUAGUUAUCUUAAUUUAUGUAUUUAACAAAUACGCAUAUAUUUACUAUAAUUAAGUCUUUUCUAUAUGUAUUUAUGUAUUGCAUUGACCUGCUGCUGCAACGUUCGUGACCCAACGAUCAAACACGCAGGCGUAAGGGUCAGAGAUAAUUUCUAAAAUCGCGCAUGCGCUUAGUGGACGAAAGCCUCUGGAUGAUCGAUAGCAGGUUAGAAACAGCAAAGAAUUCGCGUACAGGAAUCUCAAUCACAAGAAGUCAAUUUUGCUGCCCCUGUCCAGAUGUUUAAGGAAUGACCAGAUAUUUCCUUUGUAAUAGCAAUAUAUCUGUUGUUGAUCCUUGGAGAUAAAGAAGUAUCUCAUCUCAGCUGGAAACAUGCUUUGUGUCUGAAAUGAAGUUUUCUGUUGUAACUCAGUGAAUUCCAUUGGAACUGAGGUGCUGAGAACACACCAGCAUUUGUACAUUGGAGAUCAGAUCUUCAGCUGCAUUGAUUGUACGAGGGAUUCACUAUGUCUGAUAUCUGACUUGAUGGAUUGCCAGAGAACUGAUAGCAGGGAGAUGUCAUUCACCUGGUCUCAGUGCAGUAAUGCUGACCUACACCAGUGAGUUCACAAUGGGGAGAGGCCAUUUACCUGUACUGUGUGUAGGAGGGUAUCUACACAGUCAUCCAGCCUGAAGAUACAUCGUUCACACCACAGUGAAAAAGUUCACUUGCUGUCACUGCAGGAAGUGAUUCAUUCUGUUGUUCAAGCUUAAAAUAUAUCAGAAAAUUCACAGCAUUGAGAGGCUGUUCACUUGCUCAGUACGUGGGAAGAGAUUCACUCACUCAUCCCACCUAUAGACAUACCAGUGAGUUGUUAUGGGAGAGAGAGUGCUAACUGUUCCAUGUAUGGGAGGAGAUGCACUCAGUCACCUGAUCUGCUCUGAAUGUGGGAAGGGAUUCACUUUGUUGUCCCACAUAUUUGCACAUCAAUUAGUUCACACUGGGGAGAGGCUGUUCACCAGCUCAGACGGUGGGAAGGGAUUUUCUCGAUCAUCUGACCUAAUGGCACACCACACUGGGGAGAUACCGUUCAUCUGCUCAGAUUGUGGGAAGGGAUUCACUCAUUUAUGUCACUUAAUGAUACACCAGCGAAUUCACACUGGGGAGAGGCCAUUCACCUGCUCAGACUGUGGAAAGGCAUUUGCUCGGUCAUCAAACCUGCAGAGACACCAGCGAGUUCACACAGGAGAGAGGCCAUUUAUCUGUUCUGUGUGUGGGAAGGGAUUCACUCAGUUAAGCAACCUUCGGACACACCAGUCAGUUCACACUGGGAAGAGGCCGUACAUCUGUUCUGAAUGUGGGAAGGGAUUCACUCAGUCAUCCCACCUACAGACACACCAGUCGGUUCACACUGAAGAGAGGCCAUUCACCUGCUCAGACUGUGGGAAGGGAUUCACUCGGUCAUCUCAGCUACUGGCACAUCAGUCAGUUCACACUGGCGAAAUGCCGUUUACCUGCUCAGACUGUGGGAAGGGAUUUCCUCGAUCAUCUGAACUGAGGCUGCAUCAGCGAGUUCACACUGGGGAGAGGCCGUUCACAUGCUCUGAAUGUGGGAAAGCAUUUACUCAGUCAUCCAACCUUGUGACACAUCGACGAACUCACACUAGGGAAAAAGUUUAAAUAAGUGGCCUGCUGGAUAUUUCACCAUCGCGGUUGCUGAAAGCAGAGGCAAGUUCAAAAGUGGCUGUUGGUGUUGAGCUGUGCAAUUAUUGUUGCUGCUUAUUACACCCAUUUCUGACCCUGGUCACUUAAGCAUGGGAAGAGCUUCUUCUGCUGAUAUUCAGCCUUAGUGGCACAGGAGUUUAAUAUUAAGGAUCUGUGACAAAUAAAUCAGUUUUAUUUUAAACAAUGUCUUAGUGAAUCUGCAACACACCCAGUGUAUUGUAUGAAGUCAACUCAGCCCAGUUGGUGCCUGCCAGUGUUUUUGUUCCAAAACAGUCCUUUUGAAUCCAUCCCUGCUGUUCACGGCUUGCUCUCCCUGUGUGAUGGGAUCCAAACAGUCACCACUCUGUGGGUGAAUAGGUUUCCCUUGAAUUUCCUGCAUGACUUUCUGCAGGCUGAAGAAGACCAUAAGGCAAAGGUGAAGAAUUAAGCCAUUUAGCCCAUUGAGUCUGCUCCACUGUUCAAUCAUGGCUGAUCCUUCCUUCUUCUCCUUAGCCCCACAAGAUGAGAUGAUUGCAAUUAUGUCUAAUGUGUUCUUUGUGCCUCAAAUUUCUGGGCUGAGAAAGAAGGACAUCUCCUUAUUCUUGCUCAUUUCAACAUUAUGGGUCAUUUUCACUGCUUUUAAAGGGCUGUGUCUCACACAACUGGCUUGUUAGAAUAUACCACUGUAACUCUUGCUUGGGCUAGCAGCUUAAUAUGAGGGAUGAUAGCCUCCUGGCCCAGCCAAAUUCAAGAAAUCUUGUUUGGGUGGAUGCUGCAUGAUGUGUCCCCUAUUACAAAUCAGUACCCCGAAAUAAUAAACAGUACACAAUAUGCAGUUAAGCUUUAUAAUUCUUACUUUGACUAUAUGGUUAGUAGAGAAAAGAAAUAAAAGAAAAAAAAGGGCCCAAUCUUAUUAAACAGCCUGUUGCGCAAAGUAGGACAUCACUGAUAAAUUGAUCGUUCACCAUUGACCUUCGAUCAUCACCGCCCUUCGGACCCUCGCUCCGAGUCCACCCCGUUUGGCAGUCUACCAGAUCUCUCCAUUCGCGUUUUCUGUUCUCAUCUCUCCCCGGCAAAAGCCUGCAAAAAAUUUACUUCCUGAUUCACAAGAGAGCAACAAAAUCCUGAUUGGCUCACAUGCAUACAACAGUCCUGUUUUCUCCAGCCAUAACCCAAACAUUGCUGCUAUAGCGAAACCAUUACCUCAGCAGUGAAUAUUACAGAGAAGCCAAUUCAUUAGCCUUAGCAGUGAAACACUACAGAGAAGCCAUUAUAGCGCGUUACACCACUGUCCUCUAAAAUCUGAAAGCAGAAUAGGGAACCAUUAGUUGCAUGAAUAAACUCUUCUCUGGCUUCCAGCUGGGCCCAGUUGUCAAUUGUAACAAUGUUUCAAUGACAAACUCUACCAUCUUCUUAAGGGAUUAUGUCUGGGCAUGUCUCGUCCAGUGGUAUUUAUAGCCUUUCACGCAUUGAUGUCUUUUGAAAAUUUUUACUGGACAGAAAAGGCAAAGGAUUUGUGUACAACAAUAUCAAACACAACUCAUGAGUUCUGUGAAUGUCAGAUCAUGAGCACUUGAAUACCAUUGAUCUUUGAAUGUGCCGUUUCAGAUAUUAGAUAGAAUUCUAGAUACCAGUCAUUGUAAAGGAGAACCCGGCCACAUGUCAGAUUUGGAUAAAGCAACCUGUAGCUAAAUCUUGUAAAUUGUCUUCAAGUUAUUGAAGAAGUGAACACCAGGGUCCUGAGAACAUUCCAGCAUAUCUUCAUUAGAGAUCAGAUGCUCAACUGCUUGAAGUGUGUGUAACAGCAGUAUAUCAGUUGUUGAUUCUUGGAAAAUAAGGCAUAUCUCAUCCCAGCUUGAAUUGUGCAUCUGCUUUGUACUGAAAUGAAGUUUUCUAGUUCGCACUAAAAAGGCCAUUUAUCUGCUCAGACUGGAAAAGGAUUCAUUCAGUUAUCCCAACUUGUGAGGCAAUAGUGAGUUCACACUGAGAGGCUGCAAAGUGGUUUAAUUGGUCAACUCACUUAUUCAAACACCAAUGUUCACACAGGGGAGGUAGUUUAAAUAACUAUGUUAAUUUUUAACAUUGCAUUUGAUGAGCCCAAUUGCAAAUUUAACAGUGAAUGUUGGUGUCAGAUUAUGCAGUUAUUUCUGCUGUUCAUCACAGCUGGAGCUGAACCCUGGUCACUGGGCACAGGGCACAGGAGGGUUUGUUCUGAUGACACUAGCCUUUAAUUGCAUUGGUGGUAAAUGCUGUAGAUAUGUCAUAAAUAAAUCAGUUCUAUUUUAAAUCUUGUGUCUCUUGUCCUUGCUGCCUCUGCACACGCUUAUUGUACUGUAGAGUGGCCAUUCUUGCCCUCUGGUCCCUUCUUUACCUCUAUUCACUCAGCUUCCUUUAAAUCCAUCCUUGCUGUUCAUCUCUGACUCCCUCUAUAGUGAUGGUUUCUGAAUGGUCACCACUCUGGAUGAAGUGACAUCACUGAUCAACUAGUCUCUGAUAAGUUACACUCGUUCUUCCUUCAAACUUAAUUAACGUGCAUAAAGGCAACAGUCCAACCUUGUCUUUGAAUUGCUCUGAAACUUCUCAGAAUUGUCAAAUUUUUAUGGGUAUUGAC